AUGUCUCUUUUACUUUCAUCGCCUCCAUUUUUGUCCCCCUCGAAAAAUCGUAGGCACCUUCUCCUACCUCCUCGGUCUCAAUCACUGCCGGCGAGUCUGAAUCGGGGCCCACUUGGUAGCCACCAACGCAUUCUCAAGCUCAGUUCUCCGUCUAAACUCCGCUGUUCAUCACCCAUGGCCAUUCAAGAGGGCCCUAUUUCGUCCUCUUCGUCUCUUCAGGAUAGCAUGUUGUAUUCUCGGGCAUUUUGGGUCAGUAAAGAGACUAUUGCUUGGGAUGUGGAUGCUGGAGAUGGUUCAUAUUUUUUGUACGGCAGCAAAAACGCCAACCUGUCUGUAGAAAAUGGGGAAAUUCAAGGCUAUGACGUAAAACUUAUGCUUGAGAUUGGUGAAGGAGUGCUUCCUCAUCAUGUGAUUGAAAAAUUUCCUCAUAUCCAAGAUUAUAAGCCUCUCCAUGUUACUCCAGCUCUGGAUGUCAAAAGUGUAUUGAAAUAUCAACUGGCUGUUGCUGCUGUAGACUCCAGUGGACAAUGCUUAAAUAUAACCGGUCUGCAAUUACCAGGUGUCUUAGAUGAACUAUUCUUUUAUAAUGGUCCUCUUGGCGCAAUUUUUUCAUCUGAAGCUGUUUAUCUAUAUCUUUGGGCACCAACAGCACAGAAAGUGCGUGCACUUAUUUAUGGCGAAGCUGAAGGUGGGUCCCCCUUAGAAGUUGUUGAGUUUGAGGAGUCGAAUGGAGUUUGGAGCACCAAAGGGCCAGUUACUUGGCAGGGAUAUUACUAUGUAUAUGAAGUGUUUGUUUACCAUCCUAGCACAUUGCGGAUUGAAAAAUGUAUAGCAAAUGAUCCUUACGCAAGAGGGCUGUCAGCUGAUGGCAGGCGAACACUCAUAGUUGAUGUUGCUUCUGAGACAUUGAAACCGGAAGCAUGGGAUCAUUUAGCGAAUGAAAAGACAAAUCUUUCUUCAUUUUCCGACAUCAGUAUUUAUGAGCUGCAUGUAAGAGACUUCAGUGCUACUGAUGGCACGGUUCCAUCUCUUUUUCGUGGUGGCUACCUUGCCUUUACUACUCAGGACUCUGCUGGAAUGCUUCAUCUUAAAAAGUUAUCGGCUGCUGGUAUCACACAUGUUCAUCUAUUGCCAAUCUUCCAUUUUGCUGGUGUUCAUGAUGAAAAGAGUAAAUGGCAGGGCAUAGAUUUGAAAAUGCUCAAAUCAUUUCCACCCGACUCUGAUGAACAACAGGCUCGCAUCACAGCUGUUCAGGAUGCGGAUGGGUAUAAUUGGGGAUAUAAUCCCGUUCUCUGGGGUGUCCCAAAAGGAAGCUAUGCAACUAAUCCUAAUGGUUCUGACCGAGUGAUUGAGUUUCGCAAGAUGGUUCAGGCACUCAACCGAAUUGGUUUACGUGUUGUGCUGGAUGUCGUUUACAAUCAUUUACAUGCGAGCGGCCCCUAUGACGAGUAUUCUGUACUUGAUAAGAUUGUUCCGGGUUACUACUUGAGGAGGAAUCUUCAUGGCAUUAUCGAGCAUAGUACAUGUACAAACAACACUGCCAGUGAGCAUUCAAUGGUUGAACGGUUGAUAAUCGAUGAUCUCUUGCACUGGGCUGUCAAUUAUAAGGUUGAUGGCUUUCGCUUUGACCUCAUGGGUCACAUAAUGAAGCGUACAAUGUUAAAGGCUAAAAGUUUGCUCGAGAGGUUGACAAAACAGAAUGAUGGAGUAGAUGGCUCUAGCCUCUAUAUAUAUGGCGAAGGAUGGGAUUUUGGAGAGGUGGCUAACAAUGGGCGUGGUGUUAAUGCCUCUCAGUUCAACCUUUGUGGGAGUGGAAUUGGAAGUUUCAACGACCGAAUUCGAGAUGCAAUACUUGGGGGGUCACCGUUCGGACAUCCACUUCAACAAGGCUUCGUAACAGGUUUAUCAUUGGAGCCCAAUGAUCAUGACCAUGGAAGCCCUUCUGCCACAGAGCAUAUGCUUGCUUUAUCGAAAGAUCACAUUCAGAUUGGAAUGGCUGCCAACCUGAAGGACUUUGUUUUAAUUAACUUUGAGGGCAAUGAGGUUAAAGGAUGUGAAGUUUCAGUGCAUGAUGGUAAACCUGUGGCAUAUGCUUUAAGCCCUGUGGAAACAGUGAAUUAUGUUUCCGCUCAUGAUAACGAGACAUUGUUUGACACUGUGAGUUUAAAGACUCCGGUAAAUAUCUCUGUGGAUGAAAGAUGUAGGAUUAACCAUUUAGCUACCAGCAUAAUAGCCCUUUCCCAGGGAAUACCUUUCUUUCAUGCUGGUGAUGAGAUUCUGCGUUCUAAAUCUUUAGAUCGUGACUCGUACAAUUCUGGUGAUUGGUUCAACAGGUUAGACUUCAGUUACAGCUCUAAUAACUGGGGAGUUGGACUUCCUCCAAGAGGAAAGAACGAAAGAAAUUGGCCACUAAUCAAAACAAGAUUGGGAAAUCCAGCAUUUAUGCCUCAAAGGAGUCGCAUCCUAGAAGCCUUUGAAAAUUUUUGUAGCUUUAUUCGCAUCAGAUACUCGUCCCCCCUUUUCCGUUUGCGUACAGCAAAUGCGAUCCAGGAAAGGGUUCGGUUUCAUAACACUGGUUCGUCGUGGGUCCCUGGGGUUAUUGUCAUGAGCAUCGAAGAUGGUUAUGAAGGCUAUCCAGGACUUUCUCAGCUGGAUCCCAUCUAUUCUUACAUUGUUGUUAUAAUCAACGCUUGCCCAACUGAAAUCACGUUUACAAGCCCAUCUCUGAAGGAGAAGCAUCUACAAUUGCACCCAAUACAGAUGACUUCGGCUGAUGACAUCGUCAAGAAGUCGACGUACAACUCAUCCUCUGGUUCUUUCAGAAUACCUUCAAGAACCACUUUUGUUUUUGUCCAACCUCGUAUCACCUGA